UUUGUUUUGGUGGAAUUCUUUGGUUUAGGUCAUACUUUUCAAUAUAAACGCUUGUAUUUAUGGAUAAUUUUCUUUUAUUUCUUUCACAGUGCAACCGAGAUGUAAACUGCAAAGUCAAACAGUAAAGAAAGGUUGUGUGUAUUAAACACUCAAUUUUACGAUGAGCUUAAAGAUUCUGGAACAUGUUAAAGACCUCUUAGCCAUUUUAGACAAACUUUUGAAUGCUGAAAAUAAGCACUCGAUUCCAGUGAAUAUUUUUUAUUUCAAAUAUGGUUUCCUAAUUCAUCUUAUCCCGGAGAACACUUGCCACCCGUUAAAGGACAUUGUAAACUCAGUCAAACAGCGUUUCUUCCUUGUGAGUAAACUACCCAAUGUGCAGGCAACAAAUUCUGUUGAUGAUAGCGACGAUGAUGAUGAAGAGAAAGGUGCAUUGAAACCUGGUUCGAAACUACCAGAAUUGGCUGUCACCACAAAGCAGCAUGUUUUUGUUGGCACGCCAAUUUCCCAGCAGCUUCACUAUUUGUUCUGGCAAAAAAAUUUUCAUGAUGGUGAAAUGGUUAUAACUGAGAAAUACAUUGAGACUGGUGGUCUUCUAAAGUUGCCGAUCAGUGAGGUUCGAUACAUGGCAUCUCUCUAUGUUCAGUGUGUCAAACAGCGUGAAGACCUCCCCCAGAUGUGGUUGCUUUGUGAUCAUGCCCCCCCUCAGGAAGUGGAAUACAUGGGUGUGGUCCCAUCCCGGACCGAAGAUCCCAAACAUCCUUGGCAGGUGAGCACAGUUAUGGUUAGAAGUGACGAAUACAAUAAAAAGCCAGGCUCCACCUUGAAUGAUCUGAAAAAAUAUCAUAUGACUUCUUAUUGUGCUAACCCAACAGAGGUCCAUGGUUACGCCAGAUACAAUGUGUACGGCAUGACAGAUGGGUGUGGCCAAAAUCCGGACAUGCCGCAAAGCAGCAUAUCCAUAGAAUUUGCUUGGGAUGGGGUGAGGGAGAUGCUCCAACCCCCACCAUCCUCUAGUAAUGCUGUAUUCAAUAUCUUCGCCGACCCUGAGGAUGUCCAGUCGAUUCUUCCUGGCAUUACCGGCGAGUUGAACACCCUCGGAGGUUUGUACGCCAUGCUUCAGAAGAAAAUUCACGAGCAAUCGUUGGAAACAGUUGAAAAAGAUGAGCCGGAAAAUGAUGGUUUUGAUCAAGCAGCGCUCAGAAAGAAUACCCUUGCUUUUCUUGAUAAGUUGAGACUCCAAAGUAUGGGUCAACCAGCGGACUCUGAAAGUGUCAGCGCUUCACCCUCAAACCCAAUCGCAUUUGGCGGUUUAUCGGAAAGUCUGAAUCGCCAAGACUUAGAUAACACGGAAUCCUUGUGGCUCUUUCUAAAGGAGUUGCCGUCGAGCGCCCAAAUGAUGUUCUGUUUAGAGAUCGUACUCCACCAGGCUCUUGCAGGAGAUUAUCAGCCUGUAUUGUAUACAACUAACCAAACUCGGAUGGCCAGCGUGAUGCGGGAAGCCAUCAGCUGUACGAGUGAAAAAGAGCGAGUUGAGAUGAAAACAAAACUCGAUGAAAUCUUAUCUCCUAUCGCAUGCCUCGAGAGUAUUGUCGAUAUUGGUAUUGAUAAAUUGCAAAACGAUUACGUCAACUAUUUCAUAAAACAGGAGCUUGUCACGAAAGAUCUGCUCGAGUACUUCAUUGCAAAGGACGUUUCAAAUUCUGAGAAAUUACAGCGUUUAUUAAAGCUCCAUUGCAUCCUUUCAUUGGUUACUCUCUCCGUCUCGUAUGCUCGGAUUGAUUACGACAACCUACGACAGCUCAUCCCAGCCGCUUUGAAAUUCUACGAAAACCACAGUCACACCGAGACUCCCUUGUUUUCCCUCUCUCUCCCAGCCUUUUCGACGUCUUCCGCGGAUAUCAAGAACACAUGCGUUAGACAGUUCCAGCCUCAGGCAUGGGUAGCUGCGAUUACAACCAGUGACCACCAUCUCACCAUGGCGCAGUUGCAUGCAAAAGACCCGACGGAAAGUCUCGUCGAGGGAAAUGCGACUUUGCAAGGAAACAGUUACUCGAUUACGAUUGUGAAAGCUCAUAAAGUGUGUAUUUAGAUAUAUAGAAAUAUCCCUAUAA